AUGCUCUCCCUCGCAAAACGACUCAAGAACUCACCUUCAUGCUUCCAGGCCGCCGUCAGCCAAAUCCGGUGGGUCCGGACCGAGUCCGGCCCGCCCCGGAGCCGGCAAAGGCACAAAUCUCCGGCCUUGGCUAUGAGGAAGUCGGAGGAGAAGUCGGAGUGGUGGAUAGUCGACGGCGAAAUCCACGAGAUCGGCGAUCACGUGCCUCCACGUGAGCGGUUCGUCAUUCCCAGAGAUAACAUCCCCAACAAGCGUCGAAAGCAGCUCAGAGAACAGUUCAUGCGCCGCACUCGCCUUGUUCUCAAGGAAACGGAACAUGAGCCUUGGUGCAAAAGGUACAUGGAACUCUACCAGGAGCUUCGAGAAAAUUGGGAGAGGCUGUAUUGGGACGAGGGUUACUCCAAAAAAAUUGCCAUGGACCAUGCGAAUUACGACUCUGCUGAAGAUGAUGACCAUGAUUUCUCUCCGUACAGGAGCAAGCGGUCCCAUAGCGAGCCAUUCAAGGACAAUGGUUUCGGAAACAGGCAAGGCGAUACUUGGGAAAAGGUCAACCAGAUUCGAGAUAAGUUCGAGUAUGACAGAGAAAGGAGAAUGAGAGAGAAAGCAUUUGCACCCAUGUCUGGAGAACGUGCUUCUUCUAACUUCCAUGAUAUGAACUCCCGGAGACAGCCAUUUGACACCCACAGAUACUUCCCAGAUAAUGAAAGAGAGUGA